AUGUCAGUCGAGGUUAACACUAACCAUAGGAGAUAUUUGCAGGCUAAAGUCUCCGCCAGUGACAACAACAGCAGAGGGUGUCUUUCUCUUCAUGCUCAUUCUAUAGACGCUCUUUUAGGAGAGAGACGUCAGAAGCCACCAGAAAAGAGACUUGAUCUUUCCGAGUUACGAGAAAACCAAACAAACUUGCUACAAAUCAGGACUUUUCCGGACUUGAACCCUGACGAAGAUCUUGUUCCUUUCCAAUGCUUGACUCACUAUAAAGGUCCAGAUGAAAAUCACAAAGAACAACAAAACCGUGAACCAAGUGGGUUUUCCAACAACGCUCUUGCUGCAGAAGAGGAAUUUGAUGUAAGGUCCGAGACGCACGAGGACUCACCAAAAAGGCCACAUCGUAGGAGUAGAACCACUUUCACUACUUACCAGCUUCACGAGCUCGAACGAGCAUUCGAAAAAACUCACUACCCGGAUGUCUACAGUCGGGAAGAGCUCGCCAUGAAAGUAAACUUACCAGAACUCCGAGUACAAGUAUGGUUCCAGAACCGCAGAGCUAAGUGGAGACGUCAAGAAAGACUUGAGAACGAGAAUACACUUCGAUCAUUAAGACCCACUAAAUCGUCAGACUGUCCUCUCGCCGGUGCAGGAAUGACUACCAAUUCCAUGAACUACGUUUCCGGGCCAUGUCCAUCUCUUGGGUUAAGCUCCUCCUCUAUGUUGACAGGCGCAAGUAUGCAGCGUCUGACGUUGGAUUCCUGGAUGACCCCACCCAGAAUGGGUCCGCCUCUUUCCGACACCCUACCGGGCUUUCUGGCACACUCUCCUUGUAUGUGCCCGAGCUAUGUAACGCCCUCUACCCUACCGACAGCGUCCGUUUCCAACUCCACAGCGUUCAGUGGACCACCUACCGGGAACAUCUCCAUUUGUUCGGGAAUGCUGGGUUCUUCUAGUCCUCUAAACUUGUCCGUGAAUGAGAUGGACUUCACAUUUGCAGAUUCAAAACCAACAGAUCUUAGAAGUUCCAGCAUUUGUGCAUUACGAUUAAAAGCAAAGGAACACGUUAAUUUGAUAAGUAAAAGAUUAACUUCAGUCUAA